AGGUGGCCGGUACCAUGGCGGCCACGCCGCCGCUGCGGGACCGCCUGAGCUUUCUGCACCGGCUCCCGAUUCUCCUGAAGGGAACGUCGGAUGAUGAUGUCCCGUGUCCGGGCUACCUGUUUGAGGAGAUUGCCAAGAUCUCCCACGAAUCCCUGGGCAGCAGCCAGUGUCUCCUGGAGUACCUGCUGAACCGUCUGCACAGCGGCUCUGGCCGCGUGAAGCUCAAGGUGCUGAAGAUCCUGCUGCACCUGUGUGGUCAUGGCUCCUCUUCCUUUCUGCUCAUCCUGAAGCGCAACCCUGCCUUCAUCCAGGAAGCCGCGGUUUUCGCGGGGCCCCCGGAUCCUCUCCACGGGAACAGCCUGUACCAGAAGGUGCGGGCGGCCGCCCAGGACUUGGGGGCUGCCUUGUACUCCGACGCCUUGUCACCUCCACCUCCCUCCCAGCCUCCCAGGACCCUGCCCCCAGCAGGCAUGGGCUCCCAGUCCAGGCCCCAGAGCGCCCUGCAGGGCUUCGGCUACAGCAAGGAGCGGGGUCACACAGGCUCUGCAGGUGAAGCCUUCCUGUCCACCAUCCAGAAAGCCGCAGAGGUGGUGGCCAGUGCCGUGCGCCCUGGGGCUGAGAGCCCCAGCUGCCAGAGGUCCCUUCCGCGGGGUGACGCCUACCAGCCGGCCGUGACACCUUCAGCCAGCCUCGGCACCCCUGCCUCCGGGAGCUCUCUCCCUGCGGCCAGCCCAGGAGCCCGAGCAGCGAGACACCAGCCUGGGCAGGCCGGAGGCGGCUGGGAUGAGCUGGACAGCAGUCCCAGCUCUCAGGAUUCUUCCCAGGAGAACGAUGAUCUGGGCAAGGCCUCAGACUCGGGUAGUCGGUCGGGCAGCGACAGCCCCUCGGGGGCCAGCCGGGCACCUAGUGACCUGGCAGAAAGGGUUGAGGCUGUGACCCUGAGUGACUGCCAGCAGGAGCUGAGCCUGGUCCGAACUGUGACCCAGGGGCAGCACACCUUCCUGAGCCGAGAGGAGGUGCAGCACUUCGUCAAAGAGUGUGGCCUCCUCAACUGUGAGGCUGUGCUGGAGCUGCUCAUCAGCCACCUGGCUGCCACCAGUGAGCGUGUUCAGAUGAGAGCCCUGGGUGCCAUCGCCUCCCUCGGGUGCACCGACCUGCUCUCCCAGGAGCGAGUCCUGCUCCUCACCCGGCCUCGGCUGCAGGAGCUCAGUGAGGGCAGCCCUGGACCCGUGACCAACAAGGCCACAAAGAUCCUGAGACACUUUGAAGCCUCCUGCCGACAGUGGCCCCCUGCCCGGAGGCCCCCAGCUGAGCCUGGCCCUGCAGCUGCCCAUGUGGGCCCAUCAGACCUGUUGACCGACGCCCUGCCUUUCACCGGAGGCCCAGCCUUCCUGCAGCCUCUGAGUUCAGCUCUGUUUUUGCCCAAGGGCAGCACACCCCCAUCAGGGAUGCAGCCCAGCCCUGUGCCCCCAGUGUCCCCGGACAGCUGCCCCCUUCCAGUCCCUGGGGCUGCCAGGGGGGCUGAGACCAGGCUGGCAGGUUCCACAGACCAGGGGGCUGCAUCUGAGCAGGGCCCGCUCUGCGUGGACACCCCAAAGGGAGGGCCAGAGAUCAGCCUGGGCCCCAGCCACAGCUGCAGCUCCUUAUUUGCUGGCAUGGAACUGGUGGCUUGUCCCCGCCUGGUGGGGGCCGGGACUGCUGCAGAGGAGCCCCUCCCAGCCCACCAGACUCCCUGGACGUUGUCACAGAGGCUGGCAGCGAAAGAGCCUUGCGGCUCUGAGCCGUCGGCUUUCGCAUUCUUAAACUCAUGAUCUUGUCUGCCUGGGCCAUAUGCAGUCCGUGUGCUUCCUAGCCCGUGACUCCCAGGACCCUGUGACUUUGUGCUGUCCCUUAUGCCCACAGCCCGCAAUUCCCCUUUCUGUGGUUGGCCUCGCCCUCCCCUGGCCUCUUCCCCUCACCCACUGAGGCCUUGGGUGUGGACAGCCGCGCAGCAAGGCAAGCUUAGAGUGGACGGCCCACCCAGGGAUGAGAAUGGCCACCAGUAAAACCCAUGGAUAUUUUAGAAGUCCAUGCACCAGUCAGAGCCAGACCACCACUGUGGUAAUGAGGUGCCCAUGGGAGCUGCUCCCCAACUUUGCCCCUAAGGUGGGUUCCCUGUUUUUCUGCUGGGAGGCAGGACCCCCCGCUUACAACCUGCCCCCUGGGUUUGAUGGCCCAGGAGCAGUGCCCCCGAGCACCCUGCAGGUCUUGCAGGGAGGGCAAGGCAGGCCCAGAAAGAGGAGCUGAGCACGAGCUAAGCCUGGCAGCUGGUGGGCCCUGGGGUGCCGGAUCUCCCGCCUCAUGGCCAUCUGCUUUGGCGGGAUGCUUCUCCCAUCUGCCAGAGGGACGAAGGGAGGGCAGUGGGGCAGACAGCGUAACGUGGCUUGCCCAGAGGGCACUGGAGGGGAGCUCAUGGGAGAGGAGACCACACACCCCUUGGAACUGGCCCGAGUCCCUCGGGUCCUUAUGGGCACACAAAGAAGGGCACCAGGGGAAGACGGAGAGAACCCAUCUGCAGGCUGAGCCCAGACCCAGCUUCCAGCCAAGCUUCUGCUGUUUCCAGGUGACAGUCCUGCGAGGAGGAUCCCAGGGCCACCUCAGUCAUUCCUCUGCCCCACCCUGCUGUCUCCUUGGCCAGAGACUGGCCAUUUGGACUUGAAUUCCUGUAGCAGCAGGCAGGCAGGCACAGAGCUUUGCAAGCACUGACCUCGGGGUCCCCUGGGGAAACCCCUGCCUUCCUGGCCCUCAGAAACAAGGUUGACGUGGAACCACUGCUUGGGUCUUUGUUUUUGAGCUCAGAUCCCUCCCUCUGGGGGAGAGGGGAGUCCUAAGCAGCCUCCUGGCUUCUCGUCCAUCAGGAUUGGGGUCUGGGUAGGGUUAGGGCAGCAUCAGGUCCCUGUGUGGCCUGUGUCAGCUCCCCCUGCCGUGACCUCUGCCUGCAGACUGCGCAGCCACCUCAGAGCUAGGGCUGUGGUUGCUCUGGGGAGAACUGGGGACGGCCUGGGGUCACACUUCCCACAUAAACACUGCUGUU